AUCCUGAAUUUUUUUUCCAUUGAAAUCACUAUCCUCUUUAGACGGAACAAACAUAUAUAACUACUUUCAGUUUCAGAGAACCCAAACACGGCACCGCCACACCGAACCGCCAUUCUUUCACCGGCCAUGCUGCCGGAAUUCACAGAUAAACCACCACCACCACCUUGAAACACCUUCGUUUUUCCUAAAACUUCCACAAUGUCACUUGCUAAACACACUCCCAGUAGCCAGUCUUCAGCACGGGAAUUCAAGCAUCGAGUGCUCGUGUGUCUCAGCAAACUUUCCGACCGCGAUACGCACUCCGCCGCCGCUACGGAGCUCGAGUCCAUCGCUAGAACUCUAAGUCUCGAUUCCAUCCCACCGUUUCUAUCUUCCAUUUCCGUCACCGACUCCUCUGACAAGUCGCCGGUCCGUAAACAAUGCGUUCGUUUAAUUUCUACCUUGUCCGAAGCCCACGGCGACGUUUUGUCGCCUUAUUUGUCAAAACUCCUCUCUGCCGUUGUCAAACGACUCCGUGACCCUGACGCUGUGGUCCGCUCUGCCUGCGUUGCCGCUACCGGCUCCAUCGCCUCUCACAUCACCAAACCUCCAUUUACGUCGGUGGCGAAACCCUUGGUGGACGCUUUAGUGACGGAACAGGAUUUGAACUCUCAGAUCGGAGCGGCUUUGUGCUUGGCUGCGGUUAUCAACGGCGCACCAGAUCCAGACACUGCUUACUUGAGGAGGCUGUUACCGAGGAUUGAGAGGCUGUUGAAGAACGAUAGCUUUAAGGCGAAGGCAGCAUUGCUGACUGUCUUAGCGAGUGUGAUCAGCGUCGGUGCUGCUUCGAGUCAGGUAAUUGUGAGGAAUCUGGUGACGGUUAUGGUUGAUUUCGUGGUCAAAAGUGAGGAUUGGACUGCGAGGAAAGCGGCAGCAGAGGCGCUGGAGAAGUUGGCUUUGGUGGAGACAAAUUUGUUGCCGGAGUUCAAGGCUUCGUGCUUGAAAACAUUUGAGGCAAAAAAGUUCGAUAAGGUGAAAGCUGUAAGGGAGACGAUGAAUCAGAUGAUGGAAGCUUGGAGUUUAAUUCCAGAUGUACUUGAGCAGGUAUCACCACCCCGUGAAUCACAAUCUUCUAAAGAAGAAGCUGUCAGUGUACGAUAUCCACCAAGAACACCUCAAACUGUUCAUAAGUCAACCGGUUCUUCCACCAGCAGUACUACCCGUAGAAAUUCAUUGGAGAACAGCAACAGGAAAAGUGGUCCUGCAAUGUUUCGUAAGCUGGAUCGCAAGAAGCCAAAUGAUCAGAAACUCAACAUAGCAGUUUCUCUGCCUCCAACUCUUGUCUCUAACAAUGAAGAUCAUCUCAAGCUUAAACCAGUGACGAAACGCGUCCUCUUCAAUGAAAUUUCAGAUGAAAAAAUGCACGAAUCACCAUAUCAUGAAGAAAGGUCAAGCUACAAAGUUGCAGAGAUCAUUGGCAGCUCCAGUAUCAAUUCAAUCCAACAAGAAUCGGAGGACUUAUCUGUGAUCCGCAAUCAGCUUCUUCAAAUCGAAACCCAGCAGUCCAAUUUAUUCGAUCUCCUCGAGAAAUAUAUUGGGAGCUCACAGAAUGGGAUGCGAUCAUUGGAGUCUCGUGUUACCAGGUGCAGAUCUUUUGAGCUCUAA